AUGCCCAAGGUCAAAAGCUACACCCCGUCGUGGCUUUCCAAGGGUUCCCCUGGACACAAUCUAUUCUCGGCCUCGAUCGACGCGUCCCGGGCUUCCCUCUCGUCGCCCUACGCUUCCAAGACCAAGCGGAAGGCCCCAAAUGGCCCCAAACGAACAAUCGCCCGUCGCGGCACCGAGAUUUUUGUAGCGAACGGCAAGGAGAUUCGGUUAUCGGGCGAGAGGGGCAUUAUCUCCGGAGGCAUCACUCACUCGGUCACUUCCCUUUACAUCAUCAAAACUCCCGUUGCCGAUGAGAUUCGGCAGCUCGUAAUAUCGCCCAACGAGAACCUAUUAGCCAUCCUCACCUCACAUACUGUACAUGUCUGUCUGAUCCCCGAUCCUAGUCACCUCAGCAGCGAGGACACAGAGCCGAUUCGCCCAAAGAUCUGGACGCUUGGCCCCACCACCCACGUCACGUCUCGCUCCCCCAUCGUCUCUGCUCUUUGGCACCCUCUCGGCGUGAACGGUUCCUGUCUGGUCACCGUCUCUAAAGACUCCAUCGUCCGACUGUGGGAGCUCUCCCUAAGCGAUCGGUGGUCCUUUGAUAGCCCUACUUUGUCGAUCGACCUGAAGCGCCUUGCAGAUGGAACCUCGCUAGACCAAGACUUCGCGGCGUCGACCCUGGCGACCAAUACGGGCUUCUCUCCCGACUCCUUCGAGAUGGAGGUCGCCUCCGCUUGUUUCGGCUCACGCUCGUCUGGCGGCUGGAACCCCUUUACCCUCUGGAUCGCUAUGAGGGAAGGGGAUGUAUACGCAUUGUGCCCUUUGCUGCCUUCUCGUUGGGCACCGCCUCCGGCGCUGGUAGCAUCUCUUUCGGUAUCGGUGGUGACCAAGGUGGGAGCCAUCGAGGACGAUCCUUCAGUUUCGGAACGCGAAAAGCUGCUUGCGCAGCAGCAGCUAGCGUGGAUGGGCGAUAUCGACUCGCAGGAGCCCCAUCUCUUGGAUGGGUCACCUGGCGAGCCACCCAUCGAGGUGUACAGUAGACCGGCUAAACCUGGUUCGGUACCCCGCCUUCAGGGCCCCUUUGAGCUUGAGGCGAGCCUCGACAAUGAGGACGACAUUGAUUCCGAACUGACCGACAUCCUUGUCAUUGGUUCCAAGAUUGAUGCGGACGACCUCAUGUUUGGGGAGGACGCGGAUCUGGAACUGGACGGAAGUGACCGGGAGGGGUUAUCUCUGAGCCUGAUUUGCCUCCUCUCGACCGGCGGACAGGUCAAGAUUUGCCUCGACGUUGAAGGAGUCGAGGCGCAGUGGCUACCACCCAAGAACAAGUCGCGGUUGGGGCGGCUCCUGGCCAUGUCUGAUGCACCAACGCUCCUGACGUUCCAGGCUAUGGACAGCAUGAAUCCCGUCGAGGCAAGCCCCGACAGCUGGCCCGUGUUCAGCACCGACAUCAUGUCACGCUAUUCGUUUUACGUCACGCACCAUGCUGGCAUCACCUACUUCUCCCUAGCCCCGUGGGUCUUCCGGUUGGAAAGCGAAAUCCAAGGCGCUGGUGGCGCUGGCUCCGAGUUCCGCCUGGCCCUCGGCAGACAUUUCGGCUCCCUGGCCGGAUGUUGCGCUAUCAGCGAUCCAGACAUUGGCUACGUGAUUAUCUCGGCAACGCACUAUGACCCCGUGGUGCUUAUUUUCGACUCCCCAGAGUCGGAAUACACGCCAGUCAAGGAGGAAUCGCCCGUGCGUGAAAUCGAGGCUCCACCUCCGGCCCAGCCCCUGUACUCGUAUGAGCCGCGGCCACCCUUCCAGGCAUCUCACAUCUUCGACCAGGGAUCGCAGCUGCCUAUGCUCGUUGAGCGGCUGCGCACCUCGCGCCACAAGGUUGUCGUCGGGCAGGAGGUCCGGCUGAGCCCACUGACAUUGCAAGUCCUCACGGAGGCGCACAAGAUCCUUAGUGAGGAGACACACAGGCUCGGGGUAGCAGCAUCCGAACUCUUCCUCAAGUGCACGAGGAUGAGAGCAGAGAUGCAGGACCACCUUGCCAAAGCAGCGGAGACCAAGGCCAAGAUUGACAAAAUUGUAGGGGCCGGGCAUGAUAGCGAGGGCACAGACAAUGAAAGGAUCGAGGCGCGGGUAUCGCGCGCCCAGGCGCGACAGGAGCAGCUCUCGCGCCGCAUCGACGGCCUACGCAAAUCUGUUAUGCAGCACACCAAGAGAGAGCUGAGCACGCAGGAGCGUGCCUGGAUCGACGAGGUCAAGGGUCUCGACGCCAGCGUUUUGGGCCCUGCGAGCCCCUCAUCUUCGCGACCGCAACACCGGCGCAAUGGAAGUGAGGCUGCGGCGAAUAAACAAGUCAAGAGGCGGUUGGAGGAGGUGACGACACUUGCGUCCGAGCUGCUGGAGGAAGCGGCGCGGCUGCAAAGAGAGACGAGCGGCGGCAGUGGUAGCGGCGCGGCUGGCGAAGAGAGGAACGGGCGAUCCCACAGGGAGCAUGCGCCAACGUCGAGCCAAGACUUGCGCGUGCCCAGCGAAAUCCGCAAGGCGAAGAUCCAAACAGUCAAGAAUCUGUUGGCCAGAGAAGAAGCAAUGGUAGCCGCGGUAUCGAACAGGUUAGAGAAGCUGCAGCUGAAUCUGCCAUGA